UACCCGGUCUACCUUCGCUUGGGCAAGACCCGAAAUCCCGAAACUACCCUUCGUCCAAGACCCUUCUUCUCCCUCUCUCGACCGCCUUCUGGUGAUCUCCCUUUGCUUCGCACUCUCUUGCACCCAUUUCUCUCCGUACUUUCUCUCUCCCUCUCUCUCUGAGGGAAUGCUGUUUUCCUUCGCUACAAAAGAAAGUGUAAUUCCCUUCUUCAACCAUGACCGUCAUGACUCCUGCCCCCAUUGAUCAACAAGAGGACGAGGAGAUGCUCGUGCCGCACUCGGAUUUGGCUGAGAAUAAUCACCAACCCAUGGAUGUCGUCACACAACCUGAAACUGUUAGUACCGUGGAGAACCAGCCAGUGGAGGAUCCUCCAUCAUCGAGGUUUACGUGGAGAAUUGACAACUUUUUUAGGCUGAAUACUAAGAAGCUCUAUUCGGACAUAUUUAGUGUUGGAGGUUAUAAAUGGCGUGUGCUUAUUUUCCCAAAGGGAAACAAUGUGGACCAUUUGUCUAUGUAUUUGGAUGUUGCGGAUUCAGCAAGUUUGCCAUAUGGGUGGAGUAGAUAUGCACAGUUUAGCUUGUGCAUUGUAAAUCAAAUUCAUAACAAAUACUCAGUCAGAAAAGACACACAACAUCAGUUCAAUGCGCGAGAAAGUGAUUGGGGUUUCACAUCCUUUAUGCCUCUUAGUGAACUAUAUGAUCCUAGUAGAGGGUAUCUUCUGAAUGAUACUCUCAUAAUUGAGGCUGAGGUUCUAGUUCGUAGGGUUGUGGACUACUGGACAUAUGACUCAAAGAAGGAGACAGGUUUUGUUGGGCUUAAGAACCAAGGAGCAACGUGUUACAUGAACUCUCUUCUCCAAACUCUGUUCCAUAUUCCUUACUUCAGGAAGGCUGUGUACCAUAUGCCUACAACUGAAAAUGAUUUGCCAUCUGCUAGCAUUCCUUUGGCUUUGCAGAGCCUAUUUUAUAAGCUCCAGUACAGUGACAACAGUGUUGCAACAAAAGAACUGACCAAGUCUUUUGGAUGGGACACAUAUGAUUCUUUUAUGCAGCAUGAUGUGCAAGAGCUUAAUAGGGUUCUCUCUGAAAAACUUGAAGACAAAAUGAAGGGAACUGUUGUAGAGGGAACAAUUCAGAAGUUAUUUGAAGGGCAUCACAUGAACUACAUCGAAUGCAUUAAUGUGGACUACAAAUCAACUAGAAAGGAGUCAUUUUAUGAUCUUCAGCUUGAUGUCAAAGGCUGUCGGGAUGUUUAUGCUUCUUUUGAUAAGUAUGUAGAAGUUGAACGUCUUGAGGGCGAUAACAAAUAUCAUGCUGAACAAUAUGAAUUGCAGGAUGCCAAGAAGGGGGUGUUGUUCAUUGAUUUUCCUCCUGUACUUCAACUGCAGCUGAAACGGUUUGAAUAUGAUUUUAUGCGGGACACAAUGGUGAAGAUAAAUGACCGUUAUGAGUUCCCAUUGCAACUGGACCUUGAUCGUGAGAAUGGCAAAUAUUUAUCACCUGAUGCUGAUAGAAGUGUUCGUAAUCUUUACAUGCUUCAUAGUGUUUUGGUACACAGUGGCGGUGUGCAUGGUGGACAUUAUUAUGCCUUUAUCAGGCCGACUCUUGGUGAUCAGUGGUACAAAUUUGAUGAUGAAAGAGUAACAAAAGAAGAUAUGAAGAGGGCAUUAGAGGAGCAGUAUGGUGGUGAGGAAGAGUUACCGCAGACGACUCCUGGAUUCAAUAACGCUCCUUUUAAAUUUACCAAAUACUCAAAUGCAUACAUGCUGGUGUAUAUACGUGAAAGUGACAAGGACAAAAUAAUCUGUAAUGUGGAUGAGAAGGACAUUGCAGAACAUCUUAGGGAGAGGUUGAAAAAAGAACAAGAAGAAAAAGAGCACAAAAAGAAAGAGAAGGCAGAGGCACAUCUUUAUACUAUCAUAAAGGUUGCACGAGACGAAGAUCUUACAGAGCAGAUUGGAAGGGAUAUAUAUUUUGAUCUUGUGGAUCACGAAAAAGUUCGGAGCUUUCGUAUUCAAAAGCAGAUGCCAUUUAACCUUUUUAAGGAGGAGGUCGCUAGAGACUUUGGUAUACCGGUGCAGUUCCAGCGUUUUUGGCUGUGGGCAAAGCGGCAAAACCACACUUAUCGCCCAAACCGGCCAUUGACACCUAUGGAGGAAACUCAAACGGUUGGACAGUUGAGGGAGGUAUCAAAUAAGGUUCAUAAUGCGGAACUAAAGUUGUUCUUGGAAGUAGAGCAUGGACUGGAUUUAUGUGCUGUUGCUCCACCUGACAAAACAAAGGACGAUAUUUUGCUUUUCUUCAAGCUUUAUGAUCCUGAGAAAGAAGAGCUACGUUAUGUUGGAAGGCUUUUUGUAAAGGGUGCUGGUAAGGCAGUAGAAAUCUUGACAAAAUUAAAUGAAAUGGCUGGCUAUGCUCCUGAUGAAGAUAUCGAACUUUAUGAGGAAAUCAAGUUUGAGCCCAGUGUCAUGUGCGAAUCCAUUGAGAGGCAAUCCACAUUUCGAGCCAACCAGCUUGAAGAUGGAGACAUUAUUUGCUUUCAAAAAUCUUCUCCAGCUGAAAGUGGUGACCAGUUUCGCUAUCCAGACGUUCCUUCAUUUUUGGAUUAUGUGUACAAUCGCCAAGUUGUUCACUUUCGAGCUCUGGAUAAACCCAAGGAAGAUGAUUUUCGUCUAGAGAUGUCAAAACAAUAUACCUAUGAUGACGUUGUGGAAAGAGUAGCUCUGCAACUUGGUUUGGAUGAUCCAUCCAAAAUCAGGCUUACACCUCACAACUGUUACUCUCAACAACCCAAACCCCAGCCUAUUAAGUAUCGGGGGGUGGAGCGUUUGACUGAUAUGCUAGUCCACUACAACCAGACUUCGGAUAUAUUGUACUACGAAGUAUUAGACAUCCCUCUACCAGAAUUACAAGGUUUGAAAACUCUGAAAGUAGCAUUUCAUCAUGCUACUAAGGAUGAAGUCGUGGUUCAUACUAUAAGACUCCCAAAACAGAGCACUGUAGGAGAUGUAAUUAAUGAUCUUAAAACAAAGGUUGAGUUGUCGCAUCCUAAUGCAGAACUUAGGUUGCUUGAAGUUUUCUAUCACAAGAUUUACAAGGUUUUUCCCCCUAAUGAAAAGAUUGAGAACAUAAAUGAUCAAUACUGGACAUUACGGGCGGAAGAGAUAAUUUUCUCAUCUCUCCCAAGUGGGAGGAGCACUUCCCAAAUGUUGUUUAGAGCAGAUUAUCAAGAGUUCUCUCUAAUCACUUUUCUGGAUGAGAUUGAAGAACAAAGACUACUUUCUACUGAGAAGUUGAGGAAGGAUGUGGCUACAAUUGAGUUGGAGAUGACUAUUCUUUUGGAGGAGGUUGGACAGUUGAGGGAGGUAUCAAAUAAGGUUCAUAAUGCGGAACUAAAGUUGUUCUUGGAAGUAGAGCAUGGACUGGAUUUAUGUGCUGUUGCUCCACCUGACAAAACAAAGGACGAUAUUUUGCUUUUCUUCAAGCUUUAUGAUCCUGAGAAAGAAGAGCUACGUUAUGUUGGAAGGCUUUUUGUAAAGGGUGCUGGUAAGGCAGUAGAAAUCUUGACAAAAUUAAAUGAAAUGGCUGGCUAUGCUCCUGAUGAAGAUAUCGAACUUUAUGAGGAAAUCAAGUUUGAGCCCAGUGUCAUGUGCGAAUCCAUUGAGAGGCAAUCCACAUUUCGAGCCAACCAGCUUGAAGAUGGAGACAUUAUUUGCUUUCAAAAAUCUUCUCCAGCUGAAAGUGGUGACCAGUUUCGCUAUCCAGACGUUCCUUCAUUUUUGGAUUAUGUGUACAAUCGCCAAGUUGUUCACUUUCGAGCUCUGGAUAAACCCAAGGAAGAUGAUUUUCGUCUAGAGAUGUCAAAACAAUAUACCUAUGAUGACGUUGUGGAAAGAGUAGCUCUGCAACUUGGUUUGGAUGAUCCAUCCAAAAUCAGGCUUACACCUCACAACUGUUACUCUCAACAACCCAAACCCCAGCCUAUUAAGUAUCGGGGGGUGGAGCGUUUGACUGAUAUGCUAGUCCACUACAACCAGACUUCGGAUAUAUUGUACUACGAAGUAUUAGACAUCCCUCUACCAGAAUUACAAGGUUUGAAAACUCUGAAAGUAGCAUUUCAUCAUGCUACUAAGGAUGAAGUCGUGGUUCAUACUAUAAGACUCCCAAAACAGAGCACUGUAGGAGAUGUAAUUAAUGAUCUUAAAACAAAGGUUGAGUUGUCGCAUCCUAAUGCAGAACUUAGGUUGCUUGAAGUUUUCUAUCACAAGAUUUACAAGGUUUUUCCCCCUAAUGAAAAGAUUGAGAACAUAAAUGAUCAAUACUGGACAUUACGGGCGGAAGAGAUCCCAGAAGAAGAGAAAAAUCUCGGUCCUCAUGAUCGCCUAAUACAUGUAUACCAUUUCACGAAAGACACAGCUCAGAACCAAAUGCAAAUUCAGAAUUUUGGGGAACCUUUUUUCUUGGUCAUACAUGAGGGUGAGACUUUGGCUGAAAUUAAAGUACGAUUACAGAAGAAGUUACAGGUUCCAGAUGAGGAGUUUGCCAAGUGGAAGUUUGCAUUCCUUUCUCUAGGUCGUCCAGAGUACCUUCAGGACUCGGACAUUGUUUCUAAUCGUUUUCAGAGAAGAGAUGUUUAUGGUGCUUGGGAGCAGUAUCUUGGAUUGGAGCACUCUGACAGUACUCCUAAAAGAGCUUAUACAGCUAAUCAGAACCGGCACGCAUUUGAGAAGCCUGUAAAAAUUUACAACUAGGACAUAAUAGGAGAGUAAUGGAAUUCCAUCUUUGCAACUGGCUGAGUUGAGAAAACCCUCUACACCUUUUUGGCUGUAAAAAAGGGAAAAGUAGUGAAAAUGAACUCCAUUUUGGCAACAAGUGAAGUUAGCAUUGUGGUGGUGUCUAUUGGGUAUGGUUGUUGAUUUUGUUGGAUGUGUAAUUCUCUUCCUAGUUUGACGGGGAGGACUUUCCUUGUAGUCAUUGUGUAUCUUCUACUGUCAAGAUGCAGCCCCUUCGAGCUUUUACUUCCGUCUUUUAUGGAGGUUCCUCUUGGGUGACAGGUUCAGUGGCCUUCAUCAUGGGUUCAUUGUAAUUUUACAGUACAUAUACAAGAUUUUUGAACUAGUAAAUGUAUACAGGGUAUAGUAGGGUGGCUCAUUUUUACUUCAUUUGCUUCGUGAUUUUGUUCGUUAGACGCGUUUAGCAAAUUGGGGAUGUGGGAUGGUUGAGCUGCUGCUGUUUCUGAGCAUGUUUGUAGGUUUUGUAUAACAAACUUGUUGGCCACUCGUGCCCUUGGAAUUCUUAUCAAAAGGGUCCCAGAUCUUUAUUAUU